AUGAACAGUUCUAUAAAUUUGAUUCAACUCUAUGAAAGUGAAGAUGACAUGGAAAUUUCAAAGAAGAUUAAGACUCAAUGGACUGCAUUGGGCUUGGAAGAUACACAGCUUAUAAACUAUUCAGUGUUGCUGGAUUUCCCUGGGUCCUCUCCAGGCACCAUCACUGUGAGCAGUACUGGCCAGUGCUUUUAUCCUGAUGGCCAACCUUGCAGGGAAGAAGCCAGAAAAGACCAUAGCCAAGAUUUGCUCUCCUCAUAUGCAGCCUACUCUGCCAAAGGAACUCUCCAGGCUGAUGUCAUCGAUGUGAGUUAUGGAGCUACAGAUGACUUAAGACGGAUCAUAAAGUUGAAAAAUACAACAAAUAAAAUUGCACUCAUGAAACUAGGAAAAUUACCACUGCUCUAUAAGAUAUCCUUAUUGGAAAAGGCUGGGUUUGGAGGUGCUCUUCUCUACACUGAUCCUUGUGAUGUACCAAAGUCUGCAGAUCUUAGCUCUGAGUCCUUUAUGGUGACACUGAAUCCAGGAGGAGACCCCUCGACACCUGGAUACCCCAGUCUUGAAAAAAGAACUGUCAGUUUGCAAGUGCAGACAGUCACAAAAUUUAAAACAGUGUCGAAUGUUGUUGGAUAUCUAAAAGGUGUGACAUCACCAGACCGGUAUAUUAUAGUUGGCAGCAACCACCAUGCUGGAAACCAUUAUAAUGGACAAGAAUGGGCCAGCAGUACUGCAAUAAUCACAACCUUUAUCCAAGCCUUGAUGUUAAAAGUGAAGAAAGGAUGGACGCCUGAACGUACUAUUGUUUUCUGUUCAUGGGGUGGAUCAACUUGGGGAAAUAUUGGCUCCUAUGAAUGGGGAGAGGAUUUUGCGAAGAUUCUACAAAAAAAUGCUGUGGCUUACAUCAGCCUCCAUAGUCCCAUCCGGGGCAACUCCAGCCUGCAUUCAGUGGCCUCUCCUUCUCUCCAGCAACUGGUAGUAGAGAAAACUAAGUCCAACUGUAUAAGAAGAGCUCAGUGCCCAGGAACCAAUGUCAGCUCCAUACAGAUACAAGGUGAUGCUGAUUAUUUCAUCAACCAUCUUGCUGUUCCAGCUGUGCAGUUUGCUUAUGAGGACAUCAAAGCAAUAGAGGUGAUCCUCAUCCUCUGA